AUGAAUUAAAUUGGAACUCGAAAAUAAUGUGAUAUUUGCCAGUAUACUAAAGAAAACACUUAUUAAAAUCCUUUUUGCAAACACAAUUAUUGUUUAAAUUGUGUUCAAAAACAUUCAAUCAUAAAAUUAUGUUAAGUAAAAGGCUGCAAUGCUUAAAUCUAAGUGAAUGAUAUGUCAUUGUUUUUUGAAGGAGGUAUGACAACUCUCCUAUGAAAAGAUUCAAGACCAAAAAAAGAAGAGCAAACAUAGUUAUUUAAUAAUAAUUCAAAUUUAAGUAUAUAAUAAAACUCUAGAUUAUAAAUUAAUAAUAAAUCUAAACAAUAUGCUUCUCCAAAUGAAUCCAAUAUCGAUUUUAAGUAAUAAUAAAUUAAGAACAUAAAAAUUGAACUCUCUGAUACUCAAAAUUAUUGUGCAAUUUGUCUGUUUUAUUUAAAGGAUGAAUUAUUAAAACAAUAAAUUCAAGUUAAUAAUAUACAUCCGAUUUUGGAUUGCUAAUUUCAUACAAUAUGUGUUGUUUGUUUUAGCAAAUAUUUUGCUUAUCAAAAAUCUAAAUAAUAUUUCUGUGAAAUAUGCUAAAGACUUAAUAAAUGA